AGGACAGGUUCAAUUCCUUGGAUCCAGAGCCCAUCACCGGCACCUGCCAUGAUGGGAGGGCCUUGAGAGAGAGCGGGAGUGAGGGCUGGCUGGGUGUCAUUGACUCAGUGUAGCCGCUACCACCAUCACUGAGGGAGUAACACCAUCAUGGCCUACACUCGCGCUGAACGUUUGGCCAUAGACACUUACUCCAAGUGUGAUACCCGGGAGAUUAAAUAUGGCACGGCCGGCUUCAGAAGCAAGGCAGAUCAGCUGGACUACAUCAUGUAUCGGAUGGGCCUCCUUGCAGGUCUCCGAGCCCAGGACACAUCAGCUGCUAUUGGUGUUAUGAUCACUGCCUCACACAACCCAGAACAAGACAAUGGAAUUAAAUUAGUAGAUCCUAUGGGAGAAAUGUUAGCACCAGCCUGGGAGGCACAUGCAACCACUUUGGUGAAUGCUCCAGAUGAUGGAGUUGCUGGUGUACUAGAAAAGAUUGUCAGUGAAGCGUGCAUUGAUACAAACAAGAAAGCACUAGUAUUUGUUGGUAGAGAUACUAGGCCCAGUAGCAACCGUUUACGUGAUGCAGUGAUUGCAGGUGUAACUGCAAUAGGUGGAGAAGUUAAAGAUUUUGGAAUAAUCUCUACUCCAAUUCUGCAUUAUGUUGUUACUUGCUACAAUGAUGGUGAAAAUUAUGGCAAAGCAACUGUCAAGGGAUAUUACCAGAAGAUUGCCCAGGCCUUUGUUAAAUUACGUUCAUCGAGCUCUUCUCAUGGCAACUAUGAUCCAGUAAUCCUUUUUGAUGGUGCCAAUGGUGUAGGGGCACUGGCAAUGACUGAGUUUCUGAACCACUUGCAAGACUCUCUCAGAGUUACUAUCUUCAACAAAGGAGAAGGAGUACUUAAUCAUAUGUGUGGAGCUGAUUAUGUGAAGGUACAGCAAAAAUGGCCUGAAGGUGUACCAAAGACUCAGAAUGUGAGGUGUGUAUCAAUUGAUGGUGAUGGAGAUCGUGUUAUCUACAGUGUCCUUGAUAGUGAAGGAAGAUUCCACAUGCUUGAUGGUGACAAGAUUGCCACUUUGGUUGCAGAUUAUCUGCAGGAGCUUGUCAAAAGCUCAGGGCUAAAGCUUAAACUUGGGCUAGUACAGACUGCUUAUGCUAAUGGAGCCUCCACUGCCUAUAUAACUAAGCAGCUGGGAAUACCAGUGGCUUGUGCAAGAACUGGAGUGAAACAUUUACAUCGAAUGGCUCAGCAAUUUGACAUUGGAGUAUACUUUGAAGCUAAUGGCCAUGGAACUGUGAUAUUCUCUACAGUUGCAAGAGAGGCUAUUCAAGCAGCAGCAAAAGCAAAGGAAGGGCAUGCUGAAAAGCUAUCACAGGUGUUGGAUGUCAUCAAUGAGACCGUUGGAGAUGCUAUCUCAGACAUGCUACUUGUCGAAAGUAUUCUACAUGCUCGAGGCUGGUCUGUCUUAGACUGGAAUGAGGCCUAUACUGACUUCCCCAACAGGCAAAUGACGGUGACUGUUGCAGACAGGGCAGUCAUCACUACAACUGAUGCCGAACGAGAAUGUGUAACACCAGAAGGGUUACAAGAUGCUAUCAACAAAAUUGUCUCUGCCUUCUCAAAAGGUAGAUCUUUUGUACGACCAUCAGGGACAGAGGAUAUUGUUCGCAUUUAUGCAGAAGCUUCGACUCAGGAGGAAGCAGAUAAUUUAGCAAUUCAGGUUGCUUGUGCUGUGUAUGAGCUAGCAGGUGGUAUUGGAGACAGACCUAAAGCUUCUAUGUUACUAUAAUAUUUUGUGAAAUAUAUAAUUUUAUCCUUUCUGAUGGCACAGUGACAGUGCAAUUUGUCUUUGCACCUGCAUAAUGGGAAAUGUAACAGUGGUGUAUUAUGGAUACUUGAAACUUCAUUGGUAGGCUAUCUUAUUUUGGUUCCAUUCAGUACCAGUAGCUAUAAAAUUCAGAAAAACAGAGUAGCCUAAACCAGUUCAUUCCUUUGUGCACAAUGAAGAAAUUACAGAAUUAUGCCUAAGAAAAAUAUAAGUACAUGCUGUAUAUGACUCAUGCAGUACAUCCAUAUGUGCCUUGUGAAAAUGAUUUAGUUUGCAGGACAACCCAAAUUAAAUCUGUGCAUUUUAGGUGAAGGCUUUGUGAUAUUUUUAUAAUUGUUUAAUAAUGUAAUGUUUUGUUAUAUAUAAAUAAAUAUUUCAACACUUAAA